AUGUCUGCUCCGAACUCUCUGCCACAGCCCCGUGUGAGGCGCAGUAAUGCGGGCUCCCCUGGUUCUGUCUGCCGGCUUCACCCCAUGCGCGCCACCGUCCCCUACCAGCUCCUUUUCGGGGGUCAGGCCAGUCCCCCCCGGGUGCCCUCCGUGAACAGCAGGGGCUCCAGUCCCCCCUCAAGCCCGACGCUCAGCCUAGGGACCACACAGGCCAAGCAGCAGACACUGUCCCCAGAACACAAGGACUCAAGCUGUCCUCCUGACUCUCCAGUGUCCAGAGAACGGUCCAAGUUCCAGCUCCGGAGUUGCAGUGCAAUUCGGCGGACUUCUUCUCUGGACGCCGUCACCGGGCCGUACCUCACCGGACAAUGGCCCCGGGAUUCACACGGACCUUACCCCUCCUGUAUGAAAGACAAGGCCACUCAGACACCAGUUCUGUGGGAGGAGACCACUGCAGAGCAUGGGCCUCAGCAGCGCUCGGCAUCAUGGGGCAGCGCAGACCAUCUCAAAGAGCAGAUCGCUAAACUCAGACUGCAAUUGCACCGGAGCAAACAGGUCAACCGGGGACAUGGCGCCCCUUCUGGACAAACACAGAAGGGGCGCCAUGUCCCCGGUUGA